AUGCCUCCAGUCAGCAAGAAAGUACACAUCAACGUCGACCUAGGUGAAGGAUACGGCAAUUUCAGAUGCGGUCCAGACGAAGAGCUCAUCCCUCUCAUCGACCAUGCCAACAUCGCCUGUGGAUUCCAUGCCGGAGACCCUUUGAUCAUGGCCAAUACAGUCAAGCUAUGCAAGCAACACAACAUCAAGAUCGGAGCUCAUCCAGGACUACCGGAUAUUCAAGGCUUCGGCAGACGAGAGAUCAAGAUGUCACCCGAAGAACUGACUGCAAUGGUCAUCUACCAAGUGGGUGCUUUGAAGGGCUUCCUGGAUGCCGAGNGAGUACCUCUGCACCAUGUGAAGCCCCACGGUGUACUCUAUGGCAUGAUGUACAGGGACCGUGAGGUGUGUCGAGCGGUCUACUCUGGUGUUCCAAAAGGCACACCUGUGUUCGGCCUUGCCGGCACUCUUCACGAAGAAGUCGCAAAGGAGCUUGGUUUACCGUUUUUGNCUGAACUAUACGGUGAUGUAAAAUACUCAAAAGACGGUACAUUGGUGAUCGACCGCAAGAAANAAGUAAGGGCAUGGACACAAGAAGAAACAGCAGCGCACAUCAAGUCACAGCUGGAAAACUCAUCUGUCACCGCGGUUACGGGAGAGGAGGUCAAUCUGCCACUGGGCGAUCAUGAGGUCUCGUUGUGCUGCCAUUCUGAUUCUCCUGGCGCUGUAAACAUAGUGACUGCUGCCAGAAAGAUGGUAGACGAGUUCAACAAGAAGCACCACGGCUCUGUAUAG